GGGAGAGAGAAUCUUUAAACGGCAUUGGUGCUACCUGAACGGGCCCAAUCCAAUAUACGGUCGGCUCUUCAGGUAUGAAAAUACCUGCCCCUUCCAAUCCCUAACCUGUUUCUGAGACACAAUAUACAUACACAUUUUUUUGUCCCUUUGCUGUGUGGGAAAUCUUAGCUCGGUUCUCCCAAGGUAUACAUUCGUUCUCUCUUGACCGUUUAAAGCGUCGCGAGAGUCUCCGCAACGUUUUCGUUUAUUCAGCGUAAUUAAAAACCUGAGAUAAAUCGAUCGUGCCGGAGAAAAAAAACCAUUCACUCGUGAUUAAAAAAUCCUCAGGCCUCUGGAACACGCUUAUAUGUGGAUAAAAAUUAUUUCUUCGACGUGGGUACUUGACGUAAUAAUUGAGAGGAAAAAUGUGAUACGAAGCGUGCCCCAACACUGAAUUUUCGACUCGUUAAACAAUAGUUCUCAAGAAAAGACACUUGGCACUAAAAAAAUAAUGGGCGUUAUAUAAUUGUGAAAGCGCAGGAAAUGAAAAUGAACUCGUUAUUCGAAUUUUUAUUUGUUGAAAAAGUUUAUUUACAAAUUCAAAGUGCUACGGACAACAGAGAAUCGCGAAAAGUGAAUAAAAAAUUGUGCAAGUUCGAAUCGACAUAAACGUUGAUCGUCGAGUGCCAAGAAAAAACCAAUGUGCGAGAAUACGGAAGAAAGUACAAAACUACGAAUUGAGGGAUGUGAAAAAAAAAACUUUUGAACGUUAAAAUUUAUUGAAAACACGAUGAAGCCGAAAUACAGAGUCGAAGCUUUUAUAGUACCGACAACGAUAACCGAAGACGAGCUGUCGACGACGAACGAAAUCGAUGACGUUAAAAUAGCAAAUAUCAAAAUGAAGCUCGCAUCGCCCUCGAAAUCCCUCGAAUCUUCUCCGAUAAAAAAUGGGAUUGACGAGAAUUUGGUUAAUGGUAUUUAUGAGCUCGAUGAGCCUAUUUACGACGAGCCGAUUUAUGACGAACUCUCAAUCGUAAAAAGAAAAUUGCCACGAUUACCGAAUUUCACAGAGUUUCGAAAAUUACCGAGUUUACCGGAAUUACCCAAAUUACCGAAUUCACCAGUACGCAAUAAAUACGAAGACAUCGCGUUGACACUUGCACCGAAAAUUCCAAUCAGAUCGAGCAGUCUGAUGUCAAUCGACGAACGCGGCGAGACCGACGGUAUUCUCGAAGAGUUUUGUUUUCACGGUUACAAAAACGGGUGUACUGCGUCGACGCAGAGGCCGGAGGAAGUGAGCGAGGAAAUAUUCCAGGACAACUGGUUGCGCCGAUUGGAAAGUUUGCGAGAACGCGAAUCGAGCUUGAGCGAAAAAGAAACUUUGCUUCAGGAACGUGAACGAUUGUUGUUCAAAAAAGAACGCGAGCUGCGUAUUCUCGAGAGGCUCGUGAGAGAAAAACUAAAAGAGGCGGAAUUGCGUCUGAAGCUUUGUCAAUCCUCGCAAAGCAUUGAAUCCACAAACGAAGCGAAAACUCGUUCAUCGGAAAGUUCCCUAAAAUCUCAAGCUCCACGUUCGAAAAUCGAUAAUUCUGCGUCAUAUCAUUCGACGAGAAAUUUCGUGGAGGAGGAAAAUUUGAAGGGAAGCUUCGAGUCGGAGAAUCUGAAAAUGGCGCUCGUUCUCAACGAUCAUCAUGAAAAAGGGACUUUGAAAAAUCCUCCGAAUUCCAGAAGCUCACUUUGGAGCAAUUGCCUCGCACCUUCGAAGCCAGCAGAACCAUCCAUAAAACUUCGUAGCGAAACCACCGGAACGUCGUUUCCGGUAUCGAGCGCUUACAACAGCCUGAGAAUGUACAAACCGAGAAUCAGGCCAAGAGUUUCGUACGACGAUUUGGAUUCGACACUCUCGGCUGACGUCGGGGACUCUUCUUUCGUAGUAACAUCGAAAAAAUUCGAUCCAGCGAUUUUUAAAAAACCUCAAGCUUUCACCAGGUCCGCGAGCGAACGUCGAACGAGAUUGGACUCUCAGCAGGAUGUUCCGAAGGAUUCGCAUCACGUUAAAUACCCUCCGCAUUCGGGAUUUCAUCGUAUUUCUCAGGACGACAAAAUUCUCAAACGCACAGUUGAAAACAUCGCGGUUACUCAAGACGAAAACGUCAAAUAUCAAGACUACGGUCUUAUCGAUAAACGCAUCGAUUCUAACAACACCGACGACGCCAGGCACUCGUAUUUGAACCUUGAGCGUGGUGCUGAUUCCGUCAAAUCUGAAAAACCCUCCAGGAACCCGAGAGAUCGUCCGAUCUCCUGGAACGAAGACACCAACGAAUGGCUCAGGAAAAAACGACAAGCUUACAACAUGGCUAACUUGCGAUUAUCCCACGAUCAAUUCGAGAACAAAGAAAAUUCUAGUGCUGCCAAUGCUGCAAAAGAUAAAUUGAAAAAAGAUGCUAAAAAAAAAGAAACUAGGCCUAGGAAGUUUGGCAUUUUUCGAUGAAUUCAAGUGUGUUGGUAUUGAAAAAUGUUUGAAUAUUUUUUAAAUUGAACUUUUUCAAACAUUUUGAAUAACAAUAAUUCAUCAACCAAAAUGUAUCUGAGUGAAGGAUCAUAAAUUUAUUCUUCCUCUGGGAGAUAUGAAUUUGCCAAUUUUUCAAAUGCACCUGAUUCUUUGAGAUUCGCCAAGUUUCAUAUAUCGUUAUUAGCACACAGAAAUGUCGAUAGGAUAUUAUGUUGAAAUAGAUUUAUGCCAAAAUAUUAUGUACUUGCUAAUCGAGUUGUGAUAUUUCUCGAAAUUAUUUCUGAAACCGUAUUUCUGUUGACAAGGUCAAAGGUUCCUAUUACUCCGAACAAUUUUCUAUUGUAUAUACCGAACAUUGUUGUAAAAAUGAAAUAAAAAAAACAAUUCAAUAAAUUUUAUAUAUUAAUGA